AUGACAGCCUGCCCACACGUAUCAUCAGCAUCGCUCACUCCGCCACGCCCCAACCAGUCCGUCUACAGGGAAGACUGCACACUCUGCUUCGACAGCAUCGAUUCGCCUGAAGGCCUCGACGUCUGCCUGCAUUGCUUCAACGGAGGAUGUGCCACCGAACGCCAGCAUGGUGCAAAACAUGCCCAGGAAGCAAGUCACCCUCUGGCUCUCAACAUCAAGCGCACGCGCAAGCAAAAGCACAGAGAUGAGCCGCCACAAAAGAUGUCCAAACUGGCAAUCAACGCCGAGACUGAGGAAGACCGCUUCGACACUAUUUCGGCCGUCAAAUGCUUCGAGUGUGCCAACAACGAUUUGGACAAGAGCCAGGGAAAUCUAGCCGCCGUGGUUGACGGCGUACUCAAGGCAAACACUUUCGCAAAACAAGAGGAGGUCAAGGCGUGGGAGCAGGAGAUGAUUCCCUGUGAGCAUACACUAUGUCUGGAGCAAGAGGCUGCUCGUCAGAUCCAUUCGCAGUCUCUGGGUCAUUGUUCCCAGUGUGAUCUGAACCAGAAUCUCUGGCUCUGUCUCACCUGCGGCAACCUGGGUUGCGGAAGAGCUCAGUUCGGUGGUGUUGGUGGUAACUCGCACGGUGUGGCGCAUACUGAUUCUACUGGUCACCCCGUCGCUGUGAAGCUGGGUUCUCUGACCGCUGACGGCAGUGCGGAUAUCUAUUGCUACGCUUGCAAUGAAGAACGUACCGAUCCCGAACUUGUCGCCCAUCUCGCCCACUGGGGCAUCGACAUUGCUGGUCGCGAGAAGACGGAAAAGAGCUUGACUGAGAUGCAACUUGAGCAAAACUUACGCUGGGAGUUCAGCAUGACCAACGAGGAUGGCAAGGAGCUCAAGCCCAUGUGUGGCCCUGGCCUUACUGGUCUGAAGAACCUUGGAAACAGCUGUUACCUUGCCAGUGUUGUUCAAAGCUUGUUUGCCAUGCCUGAAUUUGCCCAACGAUACUACCGACCUGACGAGAAACUUCCACUCACCUCGACUCCCGCAGAGGAUCUCGAAACCCAGCUUCGUAAGAUCGCAGAUGGCCUAUUGUCUGGACGUUAUGCAAUCCCCAACUCAGAUGUCAUCGCUUCAGAAGAUACGACAGAACAACCACAUCAAAAGGGUUUGGCUCCUGCCAUGCUCAAGCAUCUCAUCGGCAGAGGCCACGAAGAGUUCUCAACCAUGCGCCAACAAGAUGCCUUUGAAUUUCUACUCCAUCUGCUCAAGCUCGUCUCUCGUUCGCAACGCGCCGCGAAAGACCACUACAAGGACGUGUCAGAUCCAGUUGAUGCCUUCCGCUUCGUCAUGGAACAGAAGUUGCAAUGCCUGAAUUGCAACAAGGUUCGCUAUCGCCAAGACGAGGUCGAGAACAUCUCUGUCGCAGUACCCAUCAAACGUCUGUCGAAGGAUACCAAGAUGGAAGGUGUGACUCCCGGUCCUGAUGGGUUUGCAGAGAAGGAGGCCGAGGAGUUUGAGUCUGUGACUCUACAGCGCUGUUUAGAUGAGUUCACCGCUGCAGAAGUUGUUGAGCUGAACUGCGGUGCAUGUGGCGGCAAGAACUUUAGCAAGCAGUCUCUCUUCAAGACCUUCCCAACCGUCUUGGCUGUCAACGCUCGUCGCUUCGAAAUAGUCAACUGGGUUCCUACCAAGCAAGACGUUCCUGUCAUUGUUGACGAGGGUACCAUUGACUUCGAAGCCUACCGUAGCAAGGGUCAACAACCUGGUGAAGAACUUCUUCCCGACGAUGCUGCAGACGCUGGUGCUGCUUCGACUGCCUUUGUACCCAAUGAAGCUGCACUCAGCAUGCUUGAAGCCAUGGGUUUCCCUCGAGUUAGAUGUGAGAAGGCACUCCACGCUACUGGCAACACAGACGCGGAAACUGCCAGCUUAUGGUUGUUUGAGCACAUGGAAGAUCCGGAUAUUGACGAGCCCAUGAACCUCUCUGGAGGUGGGGCUGGCGCUGGUGCCGGCAGCGCAGUGGAUCCUGAGAAGAUUGAGAUGCUUGGAAACAUGGGCUUCGAGCCACCUCAAGCACGCCAGGCGUUGAAGGAGACUAAUGGUGACAUGGAGCGUGCGGUAGAAUGGCUGUUCAACCAUCCCGAGGCCACUGGUGACUUUGGAGACGAGCAACAGGAUACUGGUGACAAGGCCGUUGAUCCCAAGGCAGUCGUGGAAGACAAGAAGCCUGCCAAAUUCAAGCUCCAGUCCAUCGUGUGCCACAAGGGCAGCUCGAUUCACGCCGGUCACUAUGUCGCUUUCAUACGCAAGGAUCCGGGAUGGAUUCUGUUCAACGACGAGAAGGUCGCUUUGGGUGGAGACGUCGACGAGAUGAAGAAAUUCGCUUAUGUCUACUUCUUCCGUAGAGAAGCUGCAUAG